UCAUCAAGUCCAUUCAUCAAGACAAACCGCACGCGCAGAAGAACGACGAGGACAAGUGCGCUUUUCCUAUGAAGACACACUGGACUUUCAUGGACGUGCCGAGGAUUUCUAACAAGGACAUCUAACUUUUUUCCUUUCUUUCUUCAUCUCCAAACACAUUUAACCUUGGGAGGUAACGAAUGAAGAUACUUGCGCUUUUCUGUAGUAAAGUUUAGGAUAAAGUGAGCGAGAUGGCGCAUCUGUCUUUGUACUGCCUGCUGUCUGUGUCGCUCUUGCAGUUGGUGGCUUCAUCGGGUGUGUUUGAGUUGAAAGUUCACUCUUUCAGCACCACACGGCGCUUCUGCAGGAGGACGCGAGACUGCAACAUCUUUUUCCGGAUUUGUCUCAAGCAUUCAGAGGACGUGAUCUCCGCAGAGCCUCCGUGCACCUUCGGAACCGGCCAGACCAGCGUCAUGCGAGCGGACCAGAGCUCCAUAGCAGGCAGCGCUGCCAUUCGGGUGCCUUUUCACUUCAAGUGGCCGGGGACGUUUUCUCUCAUUAUUGAGGCAUGGAAUGCAGAAUCGCCCAAAGAGCAUCAUGAUUACACAGAGAAUCAAAACAACCUGAUCAGCCGCUUAGCAACACGAAGGCGCUUGGCAGUUGGGGAAGACUGGUCUCAGGAUGUUCACUUUGGGGAUCAGAGUGAGCUCCGUUACUCGUAUCAUGUGUUCUGUGAUGAGUUUUACUUCGGCGAGGCUUGUUCAGAUUACUGCCGUCCUCGUGAUGACACGCUUGGCCACUAUACCUGCGAUGAAAAUGGGAACAAGGAAUGUCUGGUGGGAUGGCAGGGAGACUACUGCUCUGACCCCAUCUGCUCUUCAGACUGCAGUGAACGACACGGUUACUGCGAGUCUCCCGGAGAGUGCAAGUGUCGUCUGGGGUGGCAGGGGCCGUCCUGCAGCGAGUGCGUUCAUUAUCCAGGAUGCCUGCAUGGGACCUGUUCACAGCCAUGGCAGUGCGUGUGUAAGGAGGGUUGGGGAGGCCUCUUCUGUAACCAGGACCUCAACUACUGUACCAAUCACAAACCCUGUGCUAAUGGCGCCACCUGCACCAACACUGGACAGGGCAGCUAUACUUGCACCUGCCGGCCGGGAUUUGGAGGCACAAACUGUGAACUGGAGAUUAAUGAGUGUGACUGCAACCCCUGCAAGAAUGGCGGCAGUUGCAAUGAUUUGGAAAACGAUUACUCUUGCACAUGUCCUCAGGGCUUCUAUGGGAAGAACUGUGAAAUCAUCGCGAUGACCUGUGCGGAUGAUCCCUGCUUUAAUGGAGGCACUUGUGAGGAGAAAUUCACCGGUGGCUACGUCUGCCGAUGCCCACCGACGUUUACCGGAUCCAACUGUGAGAAGAGACUGGACCGUUGCAGCCACAAGCCAUGUGCCAACGGUGGUGAAUGUGUAGAUCUGGGUGCCAGUGCACUUUGCCGCUGUCGCCCUGGUUUCAGCGGCUCUCGCUGUGAGACAAACAUCGAUGACUGUGCCCGCUAUCCCUGUCAAAAUGCUGGAACCUGCCAAGACGGCAUUAACGACUACACCUGCACUUGCACACUAGGUUUCACUGGUAAAAACUGCAGCCUGCGAGCAGAUGCUUGUCUCACGAACCCAUGCCUCCACGGAGGAACCUGCUACACCCAUUUCUCCGGGCCAGUGUGUCAGUGUGUGCCCGGCUUCAUGGGAUCCACCUGCGAGUUUCCAGUGCAGGCCAGUCUAGAGAAGAUGGCGCCAAGAGUUGGGCAGACUUCGCCCUCAGCUGUGGCGGUGUCAUGCGUGUUAGGUGUGCUGGCUGUGUUCCUGGGAGUGUGUGUGGGCCUGGUGGUGUUCAGAAGGAGAAGGCAUAGACUGCGCAGACAGCAGCUGUGUGAUUCCGUGUUUAAUGAUUUGGAGACGGUGAAUAAUUUAGACAGGCAGCACUAUCCCUAUGACAGAGACUUCAGUCAGGUGAAACCCUGCAACACCGAGGGCAGGAUCUCUUUGGCUGCGUCUCACACGCUCCCUGCUGGGCAAGAGUUCCUAUGGAGUGCUGGAGGAGGGCUUAGAUGAGAUGUGUAAAUGCCUAAACAACACACAAACACGCUCAUGCAUACACUAAUGUCACGAAUACACAAACUCACAUGCAGGGAUGAGAAUUUGGAUGUAGCACUUGCUUUUGUCUUAAUUUUAUAUGAAUGAAUGAGUGAAUGAAUGAGGGAUGUGUUAACCGAAUAAGGGAUUGGACCUUUGCCAUCUGUACAGGUGGAAGACUGUAAACCAAAAACCAAAAGAAACCAACACGCACACCUCUGUGUGAAUCUGUUUCCAUAUGAAGACAGACACGAGCACCAAAUGCUGAAACACACUUAGGUUGCAGUACUCUAUAUGAAGAGGACUGAUGUCUUUAUACAAAGAUGAAGAAGUGUGAAAAUAACUCUAUACAAAGAGAACUAAGUAAGGAUAUACCUCUAUUGAAAGAGAAAGACGUCAGUUAAACUGAAGCGCAUAAAGGUUUCUAGUUAAGCUCUGGGAUCUGUAUGAGACUGUCAAAAGCAAGUUUUUCUCUUUUUUUUUAAGGAGGAGAAUAUUGUUAAUAGUUUGUCAGGAUGUUACAAGCAACAGGUUUUUUGAUAAAAAACAAAACAAAUAAAAAUAUGAUUUAAAUAUGUAGAGAAAGGAAGCAGGGCAGAACGCAGUCAGCAAUAUGUUCUUAAGACCAAAUGGUAAGAUUUUACUCCAGUUUUGUAUUGCGUAUUAAGCAGUGUGCUUCUUCCUCAACUGAUAUGGGGAAAUAUGUGUCAGUGAUUCUCAUAGGUUAAAUACAUUAAAAUCUGAUUUUCUUCAGUGAAUGUUUUCAUUUUCUUUUACCAGAUGUUUCCUAUUAAUUUAAUCCUAAGUUGACGCCUAAGUUUCUAUUUUGCAUUUUUGUACUUUUGCUUUCAAUCAUCGUCUUGUCUGUGUAAAGAUUUUAUGUUAA